GAAGGAAAAAAAAAAUAAUAAUUCCGUGACCUCCUCUUCAAGAAAUUGAAAUUCACCAGAAUCAGAUGCUUCGAGCUUAUUCUCCCCACUUCUCUAGUUGAGUGAUGGUGGGGGACUUUGAAUUGACUUGGAAUAUAAUUCGCCAAAUUUCCAGCAAUCUAAACAUUUUAAUUCAUCAAAACCUGAAAUUUUGAUCCCAAAAAAAUACAGAAAAAAAACCUCAGAACUUAACAUGGCAAUAUUCAGCCGAUUAUUUACAAAUAGAGCUUGGCGCAGUGCAAUUGCUUCUUCUAAAACCAUAAACCCUACAUUUUUUUCUCAAUCUCAACCUCAGUCUCUUCAGCCUCGAUUACAUCAUGGUCAUGGUACACAGCAGCAAUUAUUCAAUGCUUUCAAAGGCCGGAUUCCAAUUUCUGUCUCUGAGUCUACCCUAUCAUUUUGCACUCCGCUGGUGCUAGCUGGUAUUCUUGGCGCUGGAAUUCUGGAUGUGGCUUACGCAGAUACCAGUGAGGUAUCUACCAAGUCUUCCUCGCCAUCUGAAAUUCCUUCAACUUAUGAUGACCUGGAAGAAACAGCAAAAAAGGAACGGCGUAAAUUGGAGGAUCUAAUAAGAACUAAAGGCAUGAAAUAUGGUUCAUAUCCACGAUUUGCAGUUGCUGUCAAGGGACAAAAGAUUGCUAUCAAGUUCCAAGUACCCUCGAAUUGUGAAAUCCCUAGACUGAUAGCAAACCUUGCUUCAAACCUCAACGGGGGUUCACCCAUGGACAUUCAAAGUUGGGACAGCACAGUUGCUUGGCAGCUAGCACUUAGCCUCCCAAAAGGAAAGAGAGAACUUGAAGGGAGUAACGUGGAUGUAGGAGAAACAGUUUCAAAUGACAGUGAUCUUUGUGUUCUUAUAUUCCGAUCGAUGAUAAGUCCUGAUAAACCGGAGGUUGAGUUUCUAAAGAAAGGAAGCUUCACUCCUGCUGAGCUUGAUGCUCUGGUCUCAAUCAUGCAAAUAGCUGGUGAAAAGUCAGGUAGCAAAGCCACAGAAAGGAGUAAUUCUGGAGGAACAAAAUCGAUGAGUAAAUCAAUUUCUAGUUUAGAAGCCAUGGGAGUACGUGUUUUUGGGCUUGAUGAGCCACAUGUUGAUCACACAAAUGAAAAGAUAUCAUGGGAUACCAUUGCUGGCUAUGAUCAACAAAAGAGGGAAAUAGAAGAUACUGUACUGUUAGCUUUACGUAGUCCUGAAGUUUAUGAUGAUAUUGCACGUGGAACUCGGCGUAAGUAUGAGUCAAACAGACCCCGAGCUGUGCUCUUUGAAGGCCCUCCAGGUACUGGGAAAACAUCGUGCGCCCGUGUUAUUGCUAAUCAAGCUGGGGUUCCACUGCUUUAUGUUCCAUUGGAGGUUGUCAUGUCGAAGUAUUACGGUGAAAGUGAGCGUCUCUUUGGUAAGGUUUUCUCCCUUGCCAACGAGCUUCCAGAUGGUGCAAUUAUAUUUUUGGAUGAGGUUGAUUCUUUUGCUAUUGCUCGUGAUAGUGAAAUGCAUGAAGCUACUCGAAGAAUUUUAUCAGUGUUGUUGAGGCAGAUUGACGGAUUUGAACAAGAUAAGAAGGUGGUGGUGAUUGCUGCAACAAACAGAAAGCAGGACAUUGAUCCUGCUUUGAUUAGUCGAUUCGAUUCAAUGAUUUUCUUUGGUCUACCUGAUGAGCAAAAUCGACAAGAAAUAGCUGCUCAAUAUGCAAAGCAUCUGACUAAGUCUGAAUUGGCCGAGUUUGCUGUAAUCACUGAAGGAUUGUCUGGAAGAGAUAUCAGGGAUGUAUGUCAACAGGCAGAGCGCCGUUGGGCAUCAAAGGUUAUCCGGGGCCAAGCAACUAAUGCUCCUAAAGAUGCUAAAGAAGGAUCCCUUCCCCCUCUACAAGACUACAUCGAGAGUGCGAAUGCUCGGAAGAAAUGCCUUCUUGAAAUUGAGGAGCAAAGGAAUGAAAUUCAGAGUUUUCGUCGCAAUAGACGUCCGUUGGACAUGAGUUGAUGGCAGAUUAUGAAUGUGACAUUAACUGAGAACUGGAAAGAUUGACUAAGGUCGAUUUUUUGUACUUAGACUUGUUAAUAGUAGAAAAAAAAAAUAAGUUGUUUGAGGUAUCCAAGUUUACAACAUUGAUGAAGUUUAACAUAUUUUUAAGAAAUGGGUAAAGUUCAUCCACUCAAAAACUUAUUGUUUCAUCAUUGGUACACGCUUGAUAUCAUUUGUUUGUUUGCUAUUAAUUUUAUGGGCUUGGGCCAAGUUACUCUUUUUUAUC